UCAUUUUCCUGGGAAAGAUCUGAUCUUUCUUUCAGAUUCAUUUUGCCCAGACAGGGUUUGGAUCUGAAAGGAUCGAUCAAAGAGACAAGAUCAAAUCUUUCCUUAAGGGAUUCAUCGAAAAGGAUUUGUUUGUUCUAAGAAUCAAGAACACAAAAAAGAACAAAAAAGGAAAAAAAGAAAAUGAUGAAACUUUGUCCUUGUUUCAUCAAUCCACAACAACUCGGACCUAAUUCGCCUAGAGAUUCAUUCGAUGAAGGUCUUACUGCUUAUAGAGGCCAUAGCCGUAAACUAUUUGUUCUCUUCACAUUUCGCUCACACAGAAAAGGGAGCUCCAGGCAGAAGUACAUAACGGACGAGAUAAAGAAAUAUGGGAACGUGAAGAACUGUGGCAAUAUCUUCAAAUUCAAGGAACUAAUAGCUGCAACCGACAAUUUCAGCAUGGACUGUAUGAUUGGAGAAGGUGGUUUUGGUAGAGUCUACAAAGGCUUCCUCACCAGCCUAAACCAGGUGGUGGCUGUAAAGAGGCUUGACCGGAAUGGGUUGCAAGGAACAAGAGAGUUCUUUGCAGAAGUGAUGGUAUUGAGUCUGGCUCAACAUCCAAACCUUGUCAAUCUCAUUGGCUAUUGCGUAGAAGACGAGCAACGAGUCCUUGUUUACGAAUUCAUGCCUAAUGGAUCUUUGGAAGAUCAUUUAUUCGACUUACCAGAAGGUGCACCAAGUCUAGACUGGUUCACGAGGAUGAGGAUAGUGCAUGGUGCAGCAAAAGGGCUUGAGUAUUUGCACGACUAUGCAGAUCCUCCUGUGAUUUACCGCGAUUUCAAAGCUUCAAACAUAUUGCUACAAUCGGAUUUCAACUCAAAGCUGUCGGAUUUCGGGUUAGCUAGGCUUGGACCAACUGAAGGCAAAGAUCAUGUGUCCACUAGAGUCAUGGGAACGUAUGGAUACUGUGCUCCAGAAUAUGCAAUGACGGGUCAGCUCACUGCUAAAUCCGAUGUCUAUAGCUUUGGUGUUGUCCUUCUUGAGAUCAUUUCAGGAAGACGAGCUAUUGAUGGAGAUAGACCAACCGAAGAACAAAACUUGAUCUCUUGGGCUGAGCCGUUAUUGAGAGAUAGGAGGAUGUUUACGCGGAUUGUUGAUCCGAGUCUAGAAGGGAAUUAUCCUCUGAAAGGGUUGCAUCAAGCUCUAGCGAUUGCAGCCAUGUGUUUGCAAGAAGAAGCAGAGACUAGGCCAUUAAUGGGAGAUGUGGUCACAGCACUUGAGUUCUUGGCUAAACCUAUUGAGGUUGCUGAUAAUAAUAAUACUAAUACUACCACUAAUCUUGAUUCCGAUGCUCAGACAUCAUCAUCUGAUUCAUAAAAAAAAAAAGACUCUAUUUCAAUCCUUCAAAUCAUUUUUUUUUUUUUGGUUUACUAACGUGAAACCCAAGAAAACUAA